UUCCAUUCAGCUCUUCCCCAGACAAAAUGAUUUACAAAAUUUCCAUCCUUAAUUGAUUCAGGGUUUUCACUCCGUGCCGGAGAUGCCAAAGAGAACGCCAGUUGAGAUACAAGUCAUAGGCGACGGUGAAGAAGAAGAAGAAGAAGAUUCAACUGCGGUAAUCCAUUCCACUGUUUCAGCUUCAGGUCGCUUCUCUCCUAAUAAAAGGUCGAGAAGGAGAAUUAACAACGGGAACACCAGGCAACAAGGGAUGUUAAAUAGCAAUCAGUUUUCAGACUGCUUUGAGAUCAUAUGGAAGAGCUUCUCGGAUGAUCGAAGGGAUUCUUUUACAUAUCUUGAUUGCUUAUGGUUUUCAUGGUACAUGGAUGAAUUGUAUAAAGAAAGGGUGUUGGCAUGGAUCGGUCGAAAACAAAUUUUCUCGAAGAAAUAUGUUUUUGUUCCAAUAGUGCACUGGAGCCAUUGGAAUCUCUUGAUACUCUGCAACUUUGAUGAACCCUUGCAAUCUAAAAAUCAAACAACCUGCAUGUUAUUGCUCGAUUCACUGCAAAUGAGUGGCCCGAGGCGGCUCGAACCUAUGAUAAGGAAGUUUGUCCUGGACAUAUUUGAAGCUGAGAAGAGGCCUGUCACGAAAGAGGCCAUAUCAAAGAUUCCGCUAUUGGUACCGAAGGUUCCCCAACAGAGAAAUGGAGAAGAAUGUGGCAGUUUUGUUCUUUUUUUCAUAAGCUUGUUCAUGGAAAGUGCUCCUGAAAACUUCAGUAUCACUGGUGAAUAUCCUUACUUUCUGAAGGAAGAUUGGUUUUCUCCACAAGACUUGGAUUGCUUCAGCAAGAGGUUUAAACCCAGCACUCUGUGAAAUCAACUUGUAUUCAGUUGAGGCACAUGUAUAUCUUAGACUCUUAUAUCACAAUAACUCGAUAUAUCCCAAAACAUCAUU